CUCAUUGUGGACCCUUUUCUUAUCGGCCGGCGUGGAAACCUGGCCGGGGAGUGGGCGUUCAGAUCAAUGCGGCCACGCCACUGGUCUUUUGCGACACCCACCCUUCCCGCAAUUUUUUGAGAGCCUUUGUCCUUACAGCCUCGUAACAAGCUAUCAGUCCACCACAAGCCAUCCACCAUCGCCGAACCAUCUCACCUGCGCAACCCCCACAUCAUCACCACUCCGCGACGACAAAACCACACGACAAAAGAUUGCCAAUACACACAGCCAAAAUGGAGGACGACAGCAGCCCCACCAGCGCCUCCAAGGAAGUCUCCCGCCUGUGGAGAGCCUGGAGAACUGUUCACGAGAUGGUUCAGGACAGGGGCUACGAGUUGGCAGAAGACGAAGUCAAGAUCUCGCUCGAGCGUUUCAAGGCUGAAUACACGAACGAGGAUGGAACACCAAACCGCGCCAAGCUCCAAUUCUCCGCCCGCCCCUCCGAAGCCAUGAUCAAAAAGUUCACCGCCCCUCCCACGCCCUCCAACCCCAACCCCGUUCCCGAAUGCGGCACCAUCUGGGUCGAGUUCUGCACCGAGAAGGGCUCCAUCGGCGUCUCGGUCAUGAAGAAGUUCGUCACGCACUGCUCCGACAACAAGUUCAAAGCCGGCAUUUUCAUCACCGCCGUCCCCCUCUCCGCCCAGGCCCGCAAGGUCAUGUCCGUCACCUCGCAGUACACCCAGGUCGAGUGCUUCCUGGAGGAGGACCUGCUGGUCAACAUCACCCACCACGAGCUCGUGCCCAAGCACGUGCUGCUGUCCAAGGAGGAGAAGGCCGCGCUCCUGAAGAGGUACAGACUCAAGGAGACGCAGCUGCCGAGAAUCUUGAGCAAGGAUCCGAUUGCGCGGUAUUUGGGACUCAAGAGGGGCCAGGUGGUCAAGAUCAUUCGUGUGUCGGAGACGGCGGGUCGCUAUGCUUCUUACAGGCUUUGCGUAUAAGGGGGGCGCGCGCGUGCGUGCGUGCGUGAGUGCGUGAGAGAAGGGGUGGUUGCGUGCGGCUGGGAAAAGCUGGGCUGGCGGGCUGAGCUCUACACUGAU